GGGCGGGAGCGACGUGGGGCGACGCCCACCACGCUCGGGGGACAGCGGGCAAGCGGCUCGGGCCGGAGGCCGCACACGGGGCGCCGGCUCCCCUCAGCCUGGCGGCCCGAAGCCCCCAGUCCUCGGCCCCCGCGCAAGCGACGCCGGGAAAUGCCCACAUCCGGGAAUCCUGCAGCGGAGUGCGGCGGCGGCGGCAGCGGCGGCGGCGACACGGAGUGGAAGGCAAAAUGGCGGCGGAGGCGGAGGCCUGGUGCUAAGGGGAGAGCCCGGUCCCCGCGACCCCCGCGACGGGCCGCGCAGGGCCGCGGUCGGCCCCCGGCGUCUCUCCCCGCCCAGCCCUUCCCGAAGCCCCCUGGGAUAAGUGCGGGGCUCUGGGACCGGCCUCCGCGCCGGCCCUCGGGCCCGUGGCCGCUGUCCAGGAGCCCCGCUGUCCCCGCAGGGUUAUUUGGCUUAUAAAGAACUUUAACAUUCCUGUGAACUUUAUCAAAGGAUCAUUUUCACUUUUGCUCAAGGAGAAGCUCUAAAUCUUUCAAGAAGCAUUCACAGAAAUCUGCUGUGUGGGUCACAUAUAUAGAUGUUUUCAUGAAGAGGAGUGAAAAGCCAGAGGGAUAUAGACAAAUGAGGCCUAAGACCUUUCCUGCCAGUAACUACACUGGCAGUAGCCGACAAAUGUUGCAAGAAAUUCGGGAAUCCCUUAGGAAUUUAUCCAAGCCAUCUGAUGCUGCUAAAGCUGAACAUAAUGUUAGCAAAAUGUCAACUGAAGAUCCUCGACAAGUGAGAAACCCACCCAAAUUUGGGACACAUCAUAAAGCCUUACAAGAAAUCCGAAAUUCUCUGCUCCCAUUUGCAAAUGAAACAAGUUCUUCUUCCAGGGGUACUUCAGAAGUUAAUCCACAGAUGUUUCAAGAUUUGCAGGCUGCUGGAUUUGAUGAGGAUAUGGUUAUGCAAGCUCUUCAAAAAACUAAUAACAGAAGUAUAGAAGCAGCAAUUGAAUUCAUUAGUAAAAUGAGUUAUCAAGAUCCUCGACGGGAGCAGAUGGCUGCAGCAGCUGCCAGACCUGUUAAUGCCAGCUUGAAAACAGGGAGUGUACAACAUUCAAUUAACCGCAAACAAAGCUGGAAAGGUUCUAAAGAGUCCUUAGUUCCUCAGAGACAUGGCCAGCCUCUAGGAGAAAACGUGGCCUAUCGUUCUGAAAGUCCCAACUCACAGACAGAUGCAGGAAGACCCUUGUCUGGAUCUGGUAUUACAGCAUUUGUUCAAGCUCACCCAAGUAAUGGUCAAAGAGUGAACCCACCACCACCACCUCAAGUAAGGAGUGUCACUCCUCCACCGCCCCCAAGAGGCCAGACUCCCCCUCCACGAGGUACAACUCCACCUCCCUCUGCAUGGGAACCAAACUCUCAGACAAAGCGCUAUUCUGGGAAUAUGGAAUAUGUGAUCUCUCGAAUUUCCCCUGUUCCACCUGGGGCAUGGCAGGAGAGCUAUCCUCCACCACCUCUGACCGCUUCUCCCAUGAAUCCUCCUAAUCAGGGACAGAGAGGCAUUAAUUCUGUUCCUGUUGGCAGACAACCAAUCAUCAUGCAGAGUUCUAACAAAUACAACUUUCCACCUGUGAGACCUGGAAUCCAGAAUGGUGGUCAAACUGACUUUAUGAUACACCAGAAUGUUGCUCCUGCUGUCCCUGUUAAUCGGCAGCCACCCCCUCCAUAUCCUCUGGCCCCAGCUAAUGGACAAAGCCCUUGCGCUUUACAAACAGGAGGAUCUGCUGCUCCUUCAUCAUAUACUAAUGGAAAUAUUCCUCAAUCUAUGAUGGUGCCAAAUAGAAAUAGUCAUAACAUGGAACUGUAUAACAUUAACGUACCUGGACUACAAACAACUUGGCCUCAGUCAUCAUCUGCUCCUGCCCAGUCAUCCCCCAGCAGUGGGCAUGAGAUUCCUACAUGGCAACCUAACAUACCAGUGAGGUCAAAUUCUUUUAAUAACCCAUUAGGAAAUAGAACAAGUCACUCUGCCAAUUCUCAGCCUUCAGCUACAACAGUCACUGCAAUCACACCAGCUCCUAUUCAACAGCCCGUGAAAAGCAUGCGUGUAUUAAAACCAGAACUACAAACUGCUUUAGCACCUACCCAUCCUUCCUGGAUGCCACAACCAAUUCAAACUGUUCAACCUAGCCCUUUUUCUGAGGGUACCACUUCAAGUAUAACGGUUAAGCCAUCUGUUGCUGAAGCACCAAAUUAUCAAGGUCCACCACCACCUUAUCCAAAACACUUACUACACCAAAAUCCAUCUGUUCCUCCAUAUGAGUCAAUAAAUAAAUCUUGCAAAGAGGACCAGACUGGCUCGCCCAAGGAAGAUGAGGGUGAGAAGAAUUUUGAAAAUGAUAAUGGAGAUAAAGAAAAGAAACAGAUUACAACCUCACCUAUCACUGUGCGGAAAAACAAGAAAGAUGAAGAACGAAGGGAAUCUCGUAUUCAGAGUUAUUCUCCCCAGGCGUUUAAAUUUUUUAUGGAGCAACAUGUAGAAAAUGUCCUCAAAUCUCAUCAGCAACGACUCCAUCGUAAAAAACAAUUAGAGAAUGAAAUGAUGCGGGUUGGAUUAUCUCAAGAUGCCCAGGAUCAAAUGAGAAAGAUGCUUUGCCAGAAAGAGUCUAAUUACAUCCGUCUUAAAAGGGCUAAAAUGGACAAGUCUAUGUUUGUGAAGAUAAAGACAUUAGGAAUAGGAGCAUUUGGUGAAGUCUGUCUAGCAAGAAAAGUAGAUACUAAGGCUUUGUAUGCAACAAAAACUCUUCGAAAGAAAGAUGUUCUACUUCGAAAUCAAGUUGCUCAUGUUAAAGCUGAAAGAGAUAUCCUGGCUGAAGCUGACAAUGAAUGGGUAGUUCGCUUAUAUUAUUCAUUCCAAGAUAAAGACAAUUUAUAUUUUGUAAUGGACUACAUUCCUGGGGGUGAUAUGAUGAGCCUGUUAAUCAGAAUGGGCAUCUUUCCAGAAAAUCUGGCACGAUUCUAUAUAGCAGAACUUACCUGUGCAGUUGAAAGUGUUCAUAAAAUGGGUUUUAUUCAUAGAGAUAUUAAGCCUGAUAACAUUUUGAUUGAUCGUGAUGGUCACAUUAAAUUGACUGACUUUGGCCUGUGCACUGGGUUCAGAUGGACACAUGAUUCCAAGUACUACCAGAGUGGUGACCAUCCACGGCAGGAUAGCAUGGAUUUCAGUAAUGAAUGGGGUGAUCCUUCAAACUGUCGAUGUGGAGACAGACUAAAGCCCCUAGAGCGGAGAGCUGCACGCCAGCACCAGCGAUGUCUAGCACAUUCUUUGGUUGGGACUCCCAAUUAUAUUGCACCUGAAGUGUUGCUACGAACAGGAUAUACACAGUUAUGUGAUUGGUGGAGUGUUGGUGUUAUUCUUUUUGAAAUGUUGGUGGGACAACCUCCUUUCUUGGCACAAACACCAUUAGAAACACAAAUGAAGGUUAUCAACUGGCAGACUUCUCUCCACAUUCCACCACAAGCCAAAUUAAGUCCUGAAGCAUCUGAUCUCAUUAUCAAACUUUGCCGAGGACCAGAAGACCGCUUAGGGAAGAAUGGUGCUGAUGAAAUAAAAGCUCAUCCAUUUUUUAAAACAAUAGAUUUCUCCAGUGAUCUGCGACAGCAAUCAGCUUCAUAUAUUCCCAAAAUCACACACCCAACAGACACAUCAAAUUUUGACCCUGUUGAUCCUGAUAAAUUGUGGAGUGAAGAUAAUGAGGAAGAAAACGUAAAUGACACUCUCAAUGGAUGGUACAAAAAUGGAAAACACCCUGAACAUGCUUUCUAUGAAUUUACCUUUCGGAGGUUUUUUGAUGACAAUGGCUACCCAUAUAAUUAUCCAAAGCCUAUUGAAUAUGAAUAUAUUAAUUCACAAGGCUCAGAGCAACAGUCCGAUGAAGAUGAUCAACAUACAGGCUCAGAGAUAAAAAAUCGUGAUCUAGUGUAUGUUUAACAUAUUAGGAAAAAUUGUAAUGAAGAUUUGCAAAAAGGCCUGAAACGCAGGAAUUUUUGAAGUUUUGAGAAUAAAUGUAUGCAAAUGUGGCAGAGCUAUAUACCUGUACUCUGUGCACAAUAUUUUUAUUUUCCUAAAUUAUGGGAACUCAUUUUAAAAUGUUAAUUUAUUCCACCCCUUUUAAUCAGUAAUUUAGAAAAAAACUGUUAUAAGAAAAGUAAAUUAUGAAUUGAAUAUUAUAGUCAGUUUUUGGUACUUAAAGUACUUAAAAAAUAGUAUUGUGUUUAAAAGGAGAAGCCUGGUAUCUAUUUGUAUAUAUACUAAAUAAUUUUAAAAUUCAAGAGUUUUUGAAAUUUUUUGAAAGACAGUUUGUUUUAUCUUGCUUUAACCAAAUAUGAAACAUACCCAUAUUUGCAGAGCUUUUUUUCUCCUGUAACCUUACUUUUGGUA